UUUCUGCAUAUAACCGGAUAAAGCGACGUCGUAGAAGAUCAUUUCCUUGUCAAUUUCACAAUCUUCACUUCGCUCGCGUUGGUGGACACAAAACAAAAGGGGUUUCGGAAUUUUCCCGCCUAAUUUCUCUCGAUCUCAGCAAUGGCUCCAAAAUCCGAUAGCGCCGAAGGGAUCGUGUUGAACUUCGUGAACGAGCAAAAUAGGCCACUGAAUACGCAAAAUGUAGCUGAUGCGUUGCAAAAGUUCAACCUGAAGAAGACCGCGAUACAGAAAGCUUUGGACAAUCUUGCUGAUGGAGGGAAAAUUUCAUUCAAGGAGUAUGGUAAGCAGAAGAUAUACGUUGCUCGGCAAGAUCAAUUUGAAAUUCCCAAUAAUGAAGAGCUCACUCAGAUGAAGGAACAGAAUGCCAAUCUGCAAAAGCAGCUUGAAGAUCAGAAGAAGGCUAUUAGUGAGGUCGAAGCAGAAACUAAAUCGUUGCAAUCAAAUUUAACACUGGAACAGAUUUGUGAAAAAGAAGUGGACCUGAGAAUGGAGGUUCAAGAACUGGAGAAUAAGUUGAACAAGUUACGCGAAGGUGUUACUUUGGUGAAGCCAGAAGAACGCGAGUUAGUUGAGAAAAUGUUGUCAGAGAAAAUAAGUCAGUGGAGGAAGCGCAAAAGAAUGUUUAGGGAUUUAUGGGACACCCUCACUGAGAACUCACCUAAGGAUCCCAAAGAAUUUAAGGAGGAGCUUGGAAUAGAAUAUGAUGAAGAUGUUGAAGUUAGUUUGCAGUCAUGCAGUGACCUGAUCCCUCAAGGAACCUUGUAUCCCACCUUUAUGGAACCUACUGAUGCUUUGCCUGGUAUGGUGAUAUUCUGGUGGAUACUGACAAUUCUAUCUUUGAAGAUAAUUACACCAGAUAGUUAACUGUUGAUUUCAUCUAAUGUUAACAUGAUAUGUCCUGCUGGAGACAAAUUAGCAGCUUCACUUAGAAAUCUCACUAUUUUCAGGUUUUUUUUGUAGUCAUUUCUGUGAAUGGUCAAACAUCAACCUGUUUCUUAUGGUCUUUUCUAAAGGGUGCCUAUUUAUCUUUUUAUGAUAGCUUUAAAUAGAAGGUUGAUUCUAUAAUCUAUUAUUCUAAUGUAAUUUUUGUAUCUGCCCAAGUAUAAUA